AUGUCUGUGCGGAAAGCCCACAAUUCGGGGCGAAAUCAUUUGAGAAACGUCGUGGAAUACUAUCAGCAAAUUGGUCAUGAAAAGGCACAGUCUGUCAUCGACUCGAUCACCUCUUCCUAUGCUGCGGAAGGACAAGCCAAUCCCAUGUUCCAGCAGGGUGCCGGAGGAUUUCCUCCGCCGCCAGGAUUUCCAGGAAUGCCUGGCAUGCCGCCCCCGCCCUUUGGUCUACCAGGAGCUCCUCCGCCAGGUCCUGGAGGAGUUGUACCGCCACCUGGUGGUCGUGGCGUGCCAUUUCCCCCGUUCCCGCCGAACGGUGCUCCGCCUCCACCUCUCCCUAAUGGCCUUCCUUUCCCUCCCCCAGGUGCUUUCCCUCCGAACUUUCAGAUUCCUCCUCCAGGUGCUGCUGGGGCCUUCCCUCCUCCUCCCGGCCAAGCCCAUCAGCACGCCCCCGGAGGCCCUUCUCCUGCCCCUGGCGCUGGCCCCAGCCCUGUCCAAGGGCCUCCUCCCAGUUUCAAUGCGGGCGCGGCCGGCACUGGAUCAAACGAUAGCCGGCGCUGA